GAACGCGGAGCCGCUGAGCGGGCCGGCGGCCAUUUUGUGAAGCGGCGAAAGAGGUGGUCGCUUCGCUGGGCUCCAGGAAGCCGUUCGGGCUGGGGCUGUCGGCCGCGGGGCAGAGGCACUCGCGCGGGGGGUAACGCGGGUCUGGGUUCUGGUGACGCGCAAGCUCUCCCCGUCUAAAAGUUGGUUUUAAUUGGUUGCCCACAGGAUUGACUUGGCCUCUACUUCUUGUUAAGAAAAUACAUCUCUUGUUUUAUCAGGUGUGUGUGGUUUCAGCGCAGCAUGGCUGUGGUCAUCCGUUUGCAAGGUCUCCCAAUUGUGGCGGGGACUAUGGACAUUCGCCACUUCUUCUCUGGAUUGACCAUCCCUGAUGGGGGCGUGCAUAUUGUAGGGGGUGAACUGGGUGAGGCUUUCAUCGUUUUUGCCACUGAUGAAGAUGCAAGGCUUGGUAUGAUGCGCACAGGUGGUACAAUUAAAGGGUCAAAAGUAACACUGUUGUUGAGUAGUAAAACAGAAAUGCAGAAUAUGAUUGAACUGAGCCGUAGGCGUUUUGAAACUGCCAACUUAGAUAUACCACCAGCAAAUGCUAAUAGAUCAGGACCACCACCUAGCUCAGGAAUGAGUGGCAGGGUAAACUUGCCUACAACUGUACCUAACUUUAAUAAUCCUUCGCCAAGUGUAGUUACUACUACCACUUCUGUUCAUGAAAGCAGCAAAAACAUACAGACGUUUUCUACAGCCAGCAUAGGAACUGCUCCUCCAAGUAUGGGAACUUCUUUUGGGAGCCCAACGUUCAGCUCAACCAUUCCGAGUACAGCCUCUCCAAUGAAUACAGUCCCUCCACCACCAAUUCCUCCAAUUCCAGCAAUGCCAUCUCUGCCACCGAUGCCAUCCAUUCCCCCAAUACCAGUUCCUCCUCCAGUACCUACAUUGCCUCCAGUGCCUCCUGUCCCCCCGAUUCCCCCAGUUCCUUCUGUGCCGCCCAUGACCCCACUGCCACCCAUGUCAGGCAUGCCACCCUUGAAUCCGCCACCUGUGGCACCUCUACCUGCUGGAAUGAAUGGCUCUGGAGCACCUAUAAAUCUGAACAAUAAUCUGAACCCUAUGUUUCUGGGUCCAUUGAAUCCUGUUAAUCCUGUCCAGAUGAACUCUCAAAGCAGUGUGAAACCACUUCCCAUCAAUCCUGAUGAUCUGUAUGUCAGUGUGCAUGGAAUGCCCUUUUCUGCAGUGGAAAAUGAUGUCAGAGAUUUUUUCCAUGGGCUCCGUGUUGAUGCGGUGCAUUUGUUAAAAGAUCAUGUAGGUCGAAAUAAUGGGAAUGGAUUGGUUAAGUUUCUCUCCCCACAAGAUACAUUUGAAGCUUUGAAACGAAACAGAAUGCUGAUGAUUCAACGUUAUGUGGAAGUUAGCCCUGCCACAGAGAGACAGUGGGUAGCUGCUGGAGGUCAUAUCACUUUUAAGCAGAGUAUUGGACCUUCUGGACAAACCCACCCCCCUCCUCAGACACUUCCCAGGUCAAAAUCGCCUAGUGGGCAGAAAAGGUCAAGGUCAAGAUCACCACAUGAGGCUGGCUUUUGUGUUUACUUAAAAGGGCUACCAUUUGAAGCAGAAAACAAACAUGUUAUUGAUUUUUUUAAAAAGUUGGAUAUUGUGGAAGAUAGUAUUUAUAUAGCUUAUGGACCCAAUGGGAAAGCAACUGGUGAAGGCUUCGUAGAGUUCAGGAAUGAGGCUGACUAUAAGGCUGCUUUGUGUCGCCAUAAACAAUACAUGGGCAAUCGCUUUAUUCAAGUUCAUCCAAUUACUAAGAAAGGUAUGCUAGAAAAGAUAGAUACAAUUCGGAAAAGACUCCAGAACUUCAGCUAUGACCAGAGGGAAAUGAUGUUAAAUCCAGAGGGAGAUGUCAACUCUGCCAAAGUCUGUGCCCAUAUAACAAAUAUUCCAUUCAGCAUUACCAAGAUGGAUGUUCUUCAGUUUCUUGAAGGAAUCCCAGUGGAUGAAAAUGCUGUACAUGUUCUUGUUGAUAACAAUGGGCAAGGUCUAGGACAGGCAUUGGUUCAGUUUAAAAAUGAAGAUGAUGCACGUAAGUCUGAACACUUACACCGUAAAAAACUUAAUGGGAGAGAAGCUUUUGUUCAUGUAGUUACCCUAGAAGAUAUGAGAGAAAUUGAAAAAAAUCCCCCUGCACAAGGAAAAAAGGGGUUAAAGAUGCCUGUGCCAGGUAAUCCUGCAGUACCAGGAAUGACCAAUGCAGGAAUUCCUGGUGCUGGAAUGCCCAAUGCUGCAAUGCCCAGUUCAGGAAUGCCCACUGCGGGAAUGCCUGGUGCGGGAAUGCCUGGUGCGGGAAUGCCCGGUGCGGGAAUGCCUGGUGCGGGAAUACCUGGUACUGGAAUGCCUGGUGCGGGAAUACCUGGUGCGGGAAUACCUGGUGCUGCACUUCCUGGUGCAGGAAUACCUGGUGCUGGAAUACCUGGUGCGGGGAUGCCCACUGCAGGAAUACCCACUGCAGGAAUGCCAGGUGCAGGAGGUGAAGAGCAUGCCUUCCUGACAGUAGGAUCAAAGGAGGCUAACAAUGGUCCUCCAUUUAACUUUCCUGGUAAUUUUGGUGGGUCAAAUGCUUUUGGGCCACCUCUUCCUCCUCCAGGAUUAGGAGCGGCCUUUGGUGAUGCUAGGCCUGGUAUGCCUUCAGUUAGUAACAGUGGUUUGCCUGCUCUAGGAUUGGAAGUUCCAGGUUUUGGAGGUGGACCAAAUAACUUAAGUGGGCCAUCAGGAUUUGCAGGGGGCCCUCAGAAUUUUGGAAAUGGCCCUGGUACCUUAGGUGGCCCUCCUGGCUUUGGAAGUGGCCCUCCUGGUCUUGGAGGUGCCCCAGGGCAUUUGAGUGGGCCACCAGCCUUUGGCCCUGGCCCUGGCCCUGGCCCAAUCCAUAUUGGGGGUCCCCCUGGCUUUGGGUCUAGUUCUGGGAAACCAGGACCUACUGUAAUUAAAGUUCAGAACAUGCCCUUCACUGUGUCUAUUGAUGAGAUUUUAGAUUUCUUUUAUGGCUAUCAAGUUAUCCCAGGCUCAGUGUGUUUAAAGUACAAUGAAAAAGGUAUGCCCACGGGUGAAGCCAUGGUGGCCUUUGAAUCCCGGGAUGAAGCCACAGCUGCUGUCAUUGACUUAAAUGACAGGCCAAUAGGUUCAAGAAAAGUAAAACUUAUGGCCCACUGCAUGACCUUGGUUCAGCUGUCCAUUUCCUGUGACCAUCUCAUUGACAAAGACAUCAGCUCCAAGUCUGACCCACUCUGUGUCCUUUUACAGGAUGUAGGAGGGGGCGGCUGGGUUGAGCUUGGCCGGACUGAGCAAGUACGGAACUGCUCAAGCCCUGAGUUCUCCAAGACUCUGCAGCUUGAGUACCACUUUGAGACAAUCCAGAAGCUACGGUUUGGAAUCUAUGACAUAGACAACAAGACACCAGAGCUGGGGGAUGAUGACUUCCUAGGGGGAGCUGAGUGUUCUCUAGGACAGAUUGUGUCCAGCCAGAUACUGACUCUACCCUUAAUGCUGAAGCCUGGAAAACCUGCUGGGCAGGGGACCAUCACGAUCUCAGCUCUGGAGUUGAAGGACAGUUGUGUAGUAACCAUGGAAGUGGAGGCCAGAAACCUAGAUAAGAAGGACUUUCUGGGAAAAUCAGAUCCGUUCCUGGAGUUCUUCCGCCAGGGCGAUGGGAAAUGGCAUCUGGUAUACAGAUCUGAGGUAAUCAAGAACAACCUGAACCCUACGUGGAAGCGCUUCUCAGUUCCCCUUCAGCACUUGUGUGGUGGGGAUUAUACCACACCAAUCCAGGUGCGCUGCUCAGACUAUGAUAGUGAUGGGUCACAUGAUCUUAUUGGUACCUUCUACACCAGCUUGGCCCAGCUUCAGGCUGUUCCGGCCGAGUUUGAAUGCAUCCACCCAGAGAAGCACCAGAAAAAGAAAAGCUACAAGAACUCUGGAACUAUCUGUGUCAAGGUUUGCCAGGUAGAAACAGAAUAUUCUUUCCUGGACUAUGUGAUGGGAGGCUGCCAAAUCAGCUUCACUGUGGGCGUGGACUUCACCGGCUCCAAUGGAGACCCCUCCUCACCUGACUCGUUGCACUACCUGAGUCCUACAGGAGUCAAUGAGUACCUGACAGCACUAUGGAGUGUGGGCAGUGUGGUUCAAGACUAUGACUCGGACAAGCUAUUCCCAGCAUUUGGAUUUGGGGCUCAGGUGCCCCCUGACUGGCAGGUCUCACAUGAAUUUGCCUUGAACUUCAAUCCUAAGAAUCCUUAUUGUGCAGGUAUCCAGGGCAUUGUAGAUGCCUACCGCCAAGCCUUGCCCCAAGUUCGCCUCUAUGGCCCCACCAACUUUGCACCCAUCAUCAACCAUGUGGCCAGAUUUGCAGCUCAGGCUGCAUAUGAAAGGACUGCAUCACAAUACUUUGUGCUGUUGCUGUUGACUGAUGGUGCUGUGACUGAUGUGGAGGCUACCUGCCAGGCUGUGGUAAAUGCCUCGAAGCUGCCCAUGUCCGUGAUCAUUGUGGGUGUGGGUGGAGCUGACUUCGAGGCCAUGGAACAGCUGGAUGCCGAUGGUGGACCGCUACGUACAUGCACUGGGGAUUCAGCAGCCCGUGACAUUGUGCAGUUUGUGCCUUACCGUCGGUUCCAGAAUGCCCCUCGGGAAGCACUGGCACAGGCUGUGCUUGCAGAAGUGCCCACACAGCUGGUCUCCUAUUUUAAGGCCCAGGGUUGGGCCCCACUCAAGAUGCCUUCAUCCCCAGCCAAGGUUCCUGCACAGGCCCCCCAGGCCUAGGUGGCACUUUGUAUUUUAUACCUGCUUCUGUUAUUGCUACUGGGUUUUUUGUUUGUUUUGAGACAGGGUCUCACUAUGCAGUUCAGGCUGGCCUUGAGCUCACUUUGUAGCCCAGA